AGCGCUUCUCGAUCAAUCGGCGAUUGGCCGAUCGCGUCGCCGCUACGUGGGAGCCGCGACCACCGAGCGUCUCGGACUUAGGACAGCGCGCGGCACUUGACUCUGUCGCUCCCCCUUCCUUCUUUCAUCUGGCAACCCCUCCUACAACAUGGUCGGCACCCUGACUUUCCAAAACCUUAGCGCGACCUUGAAGAAGUUCCACAAGGACUCCGGACUCGCAGCGGCUGGCAAGCGACCCGUCACCCCAUUCUUCUGCGAGGAUCCGCCGGACGCACUGGAAUGGCAACCCGAGGAGAUGAAAGCGCUGAAUAAGCUGAUCAAGGCGUUCGUCGACGAGCGGUGGACUCUCCAGGCCGUCGAGGUCGUCAUCCAGGACCACAUCAUCACCGAUGACUGGUUCACAGUCCUCGAGAAUGUAUCCAUCACCCGGCUGCCUUAUGUCGAGGCGGCCAUGCAGUAUGUGAGGUCUACCCGCGAAGGCGAGGUGCGCACUCUCCAGCGCGUCCUCAUCGACAUGAAAAUCGAAGCUGUCCCUUCAACCAUCACCGACGACUUCACCAUGCCCCACCUCAACAUCUUUAUGCCAUGGAUAGUUUCCAACGUCCUUGAGCCCGACAGUGAUCGCAGCGUCUCACCGGAGUCCGACCGCCCCGACAGCCCUGCGCGCAACAGCGCCGCUCCGGAUGAGGGGGAGGCAGUGGACGCGCAGGUCGAGGAUGUGCUGGGCGACGACGCGCAGCUUGAGGAUGCGACGGGCGGUGACGCGCAGGUCGAGGACGCGCCGGGCGAGGAUGCGGAUGGGGCAAAGGACGCGCUGGGCGACGACGCGCAGGUCGAGGACGUGCUGGGCGACGACGCGCAGCUUGAGGAUGCGACGGGCGGUGACGCGCUGGUCGAGGACGCGCCGGGGGAGACUGAACCGGGCGAGGACGGUGAGGACCGCGAUGACCGCAACGACGACGACGAGGCGACCGGUGAAUACCUCGCACGACGUGCAAGCCCCGCCACGACUGACAUCCAUGCAGCCCGCCUGCAACACCACCCGUAUGCGCAACGCGCACGCGAGGCCAACGAGGCGCGGGAGCGUGAAGACCGACCCGCCCUGCCCCAUACGAGCGCGUCGCCUGUUGACGGCAAGGUCGAGGUCGAGGCGGCAGAUGAGAGCGAGGUCGAGGUGGAGGAGGCAGAUGAGAGCGAGGUCGAGGUGGAGGAGGCAGACGAGCUCGUCGACAGCGAGGACGACGAAUCGCCGACCGGACCCAAGGGCAAGGGGAAGGCCCGAGGGGGAAAACGCAUCAGCAGCAAUUCGGCGCGGAAGGCACGGGCAGCAGGCAAGGGCAAGGCGUCGGCCGUGCCCAAGCGUGAGGACCCGGAGGUGGACAACUCUGCGCCCAAGUGGGAAGGGCAGUGGACCCUUCUCAUGCCCGCAACUGAGAAGAACGACAACGUGCACGCGAAGUUCAUGGGCAAGUGGCGAUGUGCGCAGUGCAAGAAGAGAGGCGCCACCGAAUGCGUCAUCCGCGGCCUCGGACGCAGGUGCGUCGCCUGCAUCACCGGGCAUAGAUCUCCAUGCGACAUUAAGACCUACUACGAAGCAGAGGCCGUCUACGUGAACGACCAGAAACACGGUCGAUACGCUGACCUUCCCCCCGCGCGCUCGACCACUGCCCCCACGACCUCAAAGAUCAACCCGCGCAAGCGGAUGGCGGUCUCUUCGAGCGAAGAAAUGUCGGACAGCCCGGGCGAGGACGACAUCGUAAGUCGCACUCCACAAAGCGGCAAGGCGAAGACGGCUGCGAAGCCCAAGACGAAGGUCGCCGCACCCGUCUCCAGGACGUCGGCGAAAUCGGCGACGGCCACGCCGAACAAGCGCAAGAAAGUCGACGCCACGCCGGAGGCCAAGCCGUCAUCGGCGAAGAUAUCGGCGCGCGCAUCAAAGCCUGGGCCGGAGACGAUAACCAUCGACUCUGACUCCGAGGAUGACCAGCCCCUACGCGCCUUAGUUGCCGGUGCGGCGAGCAGCCCCGACGCUCCCGAAGACGCGAUGGAUAUCGAUGAGCCGCAGGUCGUCGACGGCAAAGGGAAGAGUAGGGCGGGCGACCUUGGGCAGCUGCCCGAGGCGGUCCAGAACGACAGCGAGCCAGACGACCACGGUUCCCCGUGGCACGGCGAUCGGAACGCG